GGGGCGCGUGACUGACACUGACACUAUCCAUCUUCUGCUGAAACUAGUUGGUUCUAGAAGGGUCCAUUAUCAUCACAUAAAACCCCCAUCUCUACUUAGGGUUUUGUUAUCUUCAUCCUUUCAUCUUUCAACGCUACUUCCAACCUCUCUUCUUCGCAAGUCUAACCUCCAAUCAAUGGCCACCGCUCAGCUCACAGCACUCGCCUCCUCUGUCUCUACGCCGUCGUUUGAAGCCCUUCGACCCUCCCUGCUUCACUUUCCCUCCGCUCGCCGCGUCACCAUCGGAAACCUCUCGCGAAAGCCCUUUCGGCCUUUGGUUGUCAAAGCCGCCACCGUUGUUGCCCCCAAGUACACUGCGAUUAAGCCUCUGGGUGACAGAGUGUUGAUAAAAAUUAAGGAAGCAGAGGAGAAAACUGUGGGUGGGAUUUUGCUUCCCUCAACUGCUCAGACGAAGCCUCAAGGGGGUGAGGUGGUUGCUGUUGGGGAAGGAAAGACAGUUGGGAAGACCAAUGUGGCUAUCAGUGUGCAGACUGGUGCACAAGUCGUGUAUUCAAAGUAUGCAGGCACUGAGGUGGAAUAUGACGGUACAAAGCAUCUUAUUGUGAAGGAUGAUGACAUUGUUGGUAUCCUUGAAACUGAUGACAUCAAGGAUCUUAAGCCUUUGAAUGAUAGAGUCCUCAUAAAGGUUGCAGAAGCUGAGGAAAAAACUGCUGGUGGUUUGUUGCUUACGGAGGCAACAAAAGAGAAGCCUUCUAUUGGAACAGUGAUAGCAGUCGGUCCUGGGCCUCAUGACGAGGAAGGUAACAGAAAACCUUUGUCCGUGAGUCCUGGAAACACAGUUUUGUACUCCAAAUAUGCUGGAAAUGACUUCAAGGGAAAAGAUGGGGACUAUAUUACCUUGAGGGUCUCAGAUGUCAUGGCUGUCCUCUCCUAGGAAUAUCGUGUUUGGGUUUUGUAACUUAAAAUUUUUGUGUUCAUCACGAGAAAAGUGGAUUUUUUAAUUGUAAUGACGUUCGGAAAAUAUAGUUGAUUGCAAUCUGUUCCUUGGACAAUCUGAUUAUCUUUUGGAUUUGGUACA